AUGACUCCAUUGACUAUAAUGCUCUACCUAUACUUCUACAUGGUGGACUUGGUUGCUGGUUGCUGGGUGCUGGGUGCUGGGUGCUGGGUGCUGGUGGUAUGCUGGUGGUUGGUCUCUGGCUCGCCUCUUCUUCGCUUCGCAUCGAAACUGUGCAACUGCAACCGCAUUCCUGGUACUGGGACUGGGACUGGGACGAGUACUGAUAAGAAGAGUAAUGGCACUGGUAAGAAGAGGAAUAGCACUGGUAAGAAGAGUAAUGGCACUAGCAAGAAGAGUGCUGGUACUGGUACCGUCUAG